AUGUCCGCCGCUACCCAGACCACAUCAAUCAGUGUCCACUUCAAGUUGAAGAAGGGUAAAAAGCAACCCAAGAGGAUACUCCUUCAGGCACUGCAAGAGCACUACGGCAUGGACCAAGUUGACUGUCAUCAUCACGUCGAAAAAAAAGAGCUCGCCAUCCAGGUCAGAAAGACCUGCGACACCGCAGAGCAGAUGAAGGAAGAGCUCUGGUCUAAGCUCAGGGAGACUGAAGUUUUCAAGACUUGGGAGGAGGAGAGAAUCAUGGUUCAGCAUGCAGACAGUCACUGUUUGUAUCUCAUGGGAGACCCCUAUCCAGGCCAGUAG